CGUAACGCAAAGUUGUCAUUACUUGGAUUGCUUUCAAAGGUUUCUGACUAAUAAAGGUCUUUGAUAAGGAAAAAGAGGAAAAUAUAUUUUGUGGAAUUUUAUGCAAUAAUUGUGCAUAACUCUCAGUGAAGAAAAAAAAAAAUUUUUUUUUUGUGAAAAUUUUGAUCGGAAAAUAGAUCAAAAAAUAAAAAAAAAAUAAAACUGUGAAAAAAAAUACAAUUGGAAGAAAAAUAAUAAUAAAAAAAUUAUUUUCUUCUUUAAAAUCGCAAAAAAAAUCAUAAAAAUUUUGAAAUUAUGAUUUUGUCGAUGCAAGAAAAAUAUACGAAUAAAAAAAUAAAUAAAGUCAAGAAUGACGAUAGUUCAAAUGUACUGCUGAUCGAGUCUGCAGGUGAAGAGCAUCAAGGAAAGAUUGCUUGUGGCUCCGUUGAAUACAACAGUGUUUAUGGUAAUGAAGUUAUCUUGUGAGAGAAGAAAAAAUCACAAAGAAGAAAAAAUUCGUAUGAAAAAGAAGCAAAAUUAAAAUAAAAUUAUAAAUAAAAAAAAAAGUAAAAGAGAAAGUGAAGUGUUAAAAAUUAUUUUGGAACUGCAAAAAAAAAAUUCAAGAAAAAAAAUUAAACUGAGUAUGAUCACUUUUGGUACAAAAAGCUAAAAAAAAAUCAAAUGAAACAAGAGUGCUUAAAUUUCAAAUUCAAAAAAAUCGUCAAGAAAAACUCGGCAAACAAAGUUAACUUGCACGGCAUCGUGAAGAAAAAGAAAGGGGAUUUUUCGAAUAGCAGCAGCAAUCGCGACAGCGAAAACAAAAAUUUAAUGAAAAAAUAUUUCCUCAACAAAAUGUCAACCGGCAAACGCUUGGCAAAACGCUCAAUUAUCGGUACGCGCGUUUGUGCCAUGGGCUCCGACGGGCUCUGGUACUCGGGCAUCAUUGCUGCCGUCAAAACGCCCUCGUCGCCGAACAUUCGCGAGAACAACAACUGCAUCAAUUUGACGCCCAACACAAAGUACACCGUGCGUUUCCAGCAACUCGCGAACCUCAAGGAGGACUUGAUCCGACUUGGGCUCGCACGCGAGUUUCGCGACACCGAACUCAUCGGGCCGGGUUUCCGUAACAUCUUGGACGUCAAAUUGAAUCCGGGGCAGAAAAUUUUCAUCACGUAUAACGGGCGCGAGAGUUCCGGCGAAGUUAUUUCGCACGACGAGACAAAGGACGAAGUUUCCGUGCAAAUUUACCUGAUGGGACAAGAGAGCCCUUUGGAGCUGAAGAAGAAAUUGGAGGAAGUUCGUUUGUUGGAGUCACGUCGCUCAGCUCGUUUGGCUGAUCAGGAACGCGACACAGACUUUGCGCGACUCGCUGACAUGGCGAACGAUAGACGACGACAAUCACACAGCAUUGAUGUCCCCUUCCAGUUGACACAAAAUGGUUCCCGUAAACGCCGUACUUCAUAUUCUCAGGACGAACGAGAUUAUUUCAUCAAUAGCAUCAACGACGAUGACCCGAUGGACGAGUGCAAUGCCGCCUUGGUGCUCAUGAGUCUCUCGUGUUCGCCCCAUUCGCCACGCGCCGCCUGGGAAACGCAACUCGGCUCGAGUCCGUCAAGCAGCAGCGCCUCGUGGAGCACGGGAUCCUCAUCGCCGCCAUUGAGCGACGACGGAAGUGCUCCGCCAAUGACAAAUAUCACGCGUCGCGGACCCCGAACGACUUCCCUUUCGACCUCCGACGAAGGAAUUGUCAUGGAUUACAACGAGGAUUUGCCAAGAAAACGCCGGGCUAAUGAGCCCUUGUACCAAUGCAUAUGGAAGGGAUGCAAUGAAAUUUACAACACAUGCUCGGAGAUAACUUCACACGUCAGAAGUGCUCACUUAGGUCCUCGUAAGCCCGAUGAUGACAGUGAUGAGGAAGAUUUCUACAUACAAGAGCUCGAUGAGGAAUCAUCGCCCAGCCCACCGUCGCCGCCAACAUUGAGUCAUCGCGAUAUGGCUCGCCCACCGCACGAGGAUCCCGAAUAUCAAAGACAAAUUGUCGGCAACUACCGCCAAGGCUUGUUGUCGCUCACGCAGACAUCGAUUAAACCUCCAUUGCCAACAUCCGCCACAAAUCUCUCGAAUGCCGGCAUUCUGCAUCAGACUGUAGCUAACACACUGCUCCAUCACAGUUAUUCCUGGUCACAAGCGAGUCCGACUUCGCCGCAAAAACACGUUCGUUUGUCGCCGCGCCCGUCCACAUCUUACGCUCCGUACCCAUCUCCCACAUACUCGACCGUGAUUGCUCAACAUCACCAACAGCUGCAACAUCAAAUCAACGGACACAAUUUGACAAUGUCGCCGAACAACAACAACAACAAUAAUCACUUUAGCACGGCAAACACAACAACGACCUCAAUUAACUUGACACCGACCUCCAGUGCUGUCGCUAACAACCAGACAAACCAUCGAUCUCCAGUUUCACCCAAUCGCAGAACGCGCGGCGAGAACAAAAAGUGCCGCAAAGUUUACGGCAUGGAUCGCAAGGAAAUGUGGUGCACUCAAUGCAAAUGGAAGAAGGCAUGCAGUCGAUUCGGGGACUGAAAAAAAGUCAAAACUUAAGUUUAUUAAAUUAAUUUUUUUAGUUAUAUUAUUUUAUUUUUCAGAACAAUUUUUUUUUAUUUUAUUAUCUAUUAUAAUUUCUCAUUCUCAAGAAGAAAACAAAAUAUAUAUAUUAUUAUUAUUAUAAAAAAACAUAAAUA